AUGUAUAAAUGGGUCCUCCAUUUCUUGUCCACAGCCUUGCUAUCACCAUCUCUCACGCAACAUAAAAGAUGGCCACGGGCUCAAUCUCAACUCUCCAUUCUCAGGACUAAUCAAGUGAGCUUAGUCGUCGGGAGAAUGCUUGGCACACCGACAGGGUCCAAGUUCCGGCGUUUCAAGGGUCACCCGCGUAGAGACGGCUCGAAACUAGCCAUCGAUGACGACCGCCGCUCACUUGAAGACACUGAGGGUUCGGCAGCGUGGAACCGUUUGCGGGCCGCGACAAGAAUACUCUACUAUUGGUGGCGGCCAACGACGGCGCGUCGUCGAACUACCCCAGGAUGGCCGUCGAAUCACUUCAGGAUCCUGAACAACUUCGAGCUCGGACCCAGGCUUCGAUGCAUCAUCUGCUGCUCGAUCGAGACGAACUAUUAUGUGCGUCGGCGGAGUCUCGAAGCUGCCCACGACUUCGGACGGACCACCAUCCGUCCAAUUCACCCGAGUCAGAGAACCUACACUAGCAUCUGGCAGAUCGCAGCAUGGUUCCAGAGGGCGUUUUUUGCAACAGAGACGCCGAGGGGACCGAAGAAGCAGAAUGGUGGGACCCUGAGACUUUGCAUUGCACCAAGUCUGGAUGCAUUCCAUGACGCCCAUUAUCUGCCAAGAUGGCCCGACGACGUAUACCAACCAUACAUUUUAGACGACUUGUAUUCGUAA